GCGGGUAUGAUUGGUCGGUAGUAGAGCACCAGGAUAAGAGUAAAAUGCAUAAUCAAAGUGCAGUUCUUAUUCUGGUUCUUGACUUCUCGCCGACAGUCGCCGCACAAAAAAUUCUGGCCGAGCUCGCAGAGCAGCUGCGGAUCUCAUAAAAGCAGACCUCGGUGCUCCUUUUCCUUCUCCUCCUCCUCAUCAUCCAAUCUUCCUCUUCUUCGAACUCCAGUAUGCCUUCUGCAGUUCCAGCUCCACGAACUCUCUACGACAAGGUCUUUGAGGACCACGUCGUCAAGGAAUCGAACGGCACUUACUUGCUCUACAUCGAUCGCCAUCUUGUGCACGAGGUUACCUCGCCCCAGGCUUUUGAGGGACUCACCAAUGCCGGCCGCAAAGUGCGCCGUCUCGAUUGCACUCUCGCCACUGUGGAUCACAACAUCCCCACCACUUCCCGCAAAACCUACAAGAACCUGAGCACCUUCGUCGAGCAGGAGGACUCGCGUCUGCAAUCAACCACGCUCGAGGAGAACGUCAAGAACUUUGGCCUCCGCUACUUUGGCCUCGACGACGCCCGGCAAGGAAUCGUCCACAUCAUCGGCCCCGAGCAGGGCUUCACUCUCCCCGGCGCCACCAUCGUCUGCGGUGACUCCCACACCUCUACCCACGGUGCUUUCGGCGCUCUUGCCUUUGGUAUCGGUACCUCUGAGGUCGAGCAUGUCUUGGCCACUCAGACUCUUAUCCAGAACAAGUCGAAGAACAUGCGGAUCAACGUCACCGGAAAGCUGCGCCCGGGUAUUACUUCCAAGGAUCUGGUUCUCCACAUCAUCGGUCAGAUCGGUACCGCCGGUGGUACCGGCCACGUUAUCGAGUUCUGCGGUGAGGCUAUUCGCGAGCUGUCUAUGGAUGCUCGCAUGUCUAUGUGCAACAUGUCGAUCGAGGGCGGUGCUCGUGCGGGUAUGAUUGCCCCCGACGAGACCACAUUCGCUUUCCUCAAGGGCCGGCCUCUCGCUCCCAAGGGAGCCAACUGGAACAAGGCCGUCAAGUACUGGCGGACUUUGAAGACCGACGAGGGCGCCAAUUUUGAUAUCGACAUCACUAUCAAGGCUGAGGACGUGCCUCCCACUGUUACCUGGGGAACCUCGCCUCAGGAUGCUCUGCCGGUCACUGGCAAGGUUCCUGACCCCGCCGAUUACGCAGACGAUGAGACCAGACGGGCUGCGAUUAUCCGCGCUCUCGACUACAUGGGUCUCGAGCCCAACAUGAACAUCUCCGACAUCAAGGUCGACAAGGUCUUCAUCGGAUCCUGCACCAACGCCCGAAUCGAGGACUUGCGCGCUGCCGCCAACGUCGUCAAGGGCAAGAAGAAAGCCAGAAACGUCACCCGCGCGAUGAUUGUCCCCGGCUCGGGAUUGGUCAAGAUGCAGGCCGAGCACGAGGGUCUUGACAAGAUCUUCCUCGAUGCUGGAUUCGAAUGGCGCGAGGCGGGUUGCUCCAUGUGUCUUGGUAUGAACCCUGAUAUCAUGGCGCCCAAGGAGCGAUGUGCUUCUACCUCGAACCGAAACUUUGAAGGUCGCCAGGGCGCUGGUAGCAGAACCCACUUGAUGAGCCCUGCUAUGGCUGCCGCGGCUGCGGUCACUGGCCAUCUUACUGAUAUCCGUGAGUACUACAAGAGCGAAUCCAAGGCGCCAAUUGAGAUCAUUGUUCCUUCGUCUGCGUCUGCUUCUGAGGUCUCAGAGUCGGAGUACUACGACUCUACCGAUUCCGAGUCCGAGACUGUUGAGGAGGCUGCGGUUGAUGUGCCUGCUGCAGCUCAGAGCUCUGGCUCGUCAAAGGGCACCGGUAUCCCGCCUUUCACAGUCCUGACCGGUACCGCUGCGCCUUUGUACCGCACCAACGUCGACACCGACGCGAUCAUCCCCAAGCAGUUCUUGAAGACCAUCAAGCGAACUGGUUUGAAGGUCGGCCUGUUCUACGCCGACCGAUUCAACCCUGACGGAACUGAGAAAGCUGAGUUUAUCUUGAACAAGCCUGGCUACCGCGACUCAAAGAUCAUGGUUGUCUCUGGACCCAACUUUGGCUGCGGCUCGUCGCGUGAGCAUGCUCCGUGGGCGCUUGCGGACUUUGGCAUCAUGUGCGUGAUUGCUUCUUCGUUUGGCGACAUUUUCUUCAACAACUCGUUCAAGAACGGAUUGCUGCCGCUCGUGAUUCCCGGCGAUAUAAUCAACGAGAAGAUCAUGCCUGUUGCCGAGAGCGGCAAGCCUCUGACGGUCGACCUUGUGAAGCAGGAGGUUCGCAAUGGCGAGACUGGCGAAGUGCUUGCGACGUUUGAGAUUGACGAGUUUAGACGGCAUUGUUUGAUCAACGGACUGGAUGAUAUCGGAUUGACGCUGAUGGACGAGGAGUAUAUCUCAAAGUACGAGCAGUUUAGAAGAGAUAACUUCCCGUGGAUGGAAGGUGGCUCAAGACUUGUGCGGCCGAUCAUCCAGGGUAAGAUUCCUGGUGUUCCUGACGUUGUUGAGUGGUAAGGAGAGAAGUCUGGAGAGAAAACGAAAAGUUUGAGGGUUGGUUGGUUGUAAGCUGAGAUGAUAUAAAAAAUUGCGCUGCUGUUGUAUG